UGUCCUUGCGUGAGGACGUGCGUAGAUCAGCAUUCGAUUCUCGCAGUAUUACGAACUUCGGGAGCUCUACACAGCGAAAUAACAAAAACAAAAUUUACAAGAAAUAUCUGAAUUGAACUGAACCGCAGGAUUGAACUCCUUUUGGCUUUGGCGUGUGUGCGAUGCCGUUUCUGUGCUUCUGACAUAGCAUUUACCAAAACAGAAGGCGGAAAAUAGGAAAAAGGAUCUGGCAAAAGGAUCUGUGUGUGUGAGGCUGUUGCUUCUUGUGUGCGCGUGUGUGUGUUUGUGCAGUCACGUGUUCUAAGGUGAUUUUAACGAGUUCCGUGAUACGCGAAAUAAGAUAAGGACGAGAAAGGAGCACAAUCGAGAGGAGCAAGCGGCUUAGGCGGACAGAAAAAAGGAGCAGCCAGGAGCAGCCAUCCACCAAAUCCCCGUUCGCCAGGACACACAGGAUACUCGGUGCUCGGUGCGCCUUAAAGGAUUCGCAGAUAAAUCAACCGAAAAUUGCAUAAAAUAAAAUUGUUUGCCAAAUUGCGCGCAGCAAGGGAAAGAAAGCAAGAAAAAACAAAACAAAAAAUCGUACGCAAAUACACAUGUGAAAUAUGACUAGCGAGUUACAUUGAAAUUAUCGUACAAAAAUAUAAAACAAGCAAAUUGUAUUCCAAAUAAACUGAAGCAAAACAAAGAACACUUAGCAACAUGCGGUUUCCACAAAUUGUCUACCAAACAGCUCUGACCACAAUUCUUCUGGCAAUCACAUCAGAGCUGACCGAGGCUUUAAGAGAUGUCCGGGUUCGAGUGCCGCACGCGGUGAGACGCAGUGAGAAGGCCAUACUGAAGUGCUUCUACGACAUCGAGGAUGACAGCCUGUACUCGGUGAAAUGGUAUAAGGGCAGGCGAGAGUUCUACAGAUACACUCCCAAGGAAACGCCGCCCAUGAAGGUCUUUCACUUCCCAGGCGUCAAAGUGAGACGCGUGUCCUCGAACGAGAGCCAAGUGGUGCUCGAUGCGGUGACAAUGGCUACAUCCGGUAAAUACAGUUGCGAAGUAUCGGCGGAUGCGCCCUCAUUUCAUACAUUAAUAGCGGCAGCAGAGUUGGAAGUUAUUGAAACGCCGCACAAUGCGCCAUUCAUAUCGGGCAUUCGUCCUCGAUAUCGGGUCGGCGACAUAUUGCGAGGUAAUUGCACAUCGCGACACUCGCGGCCAGCGGCCAAUCUCACAUGGACAGUGAAUAAUGAAGAGGUUAAUCCCUCGCUUGUGCGUCACCAUAAAAUACUCCGAGAUGCCCGCAAUGACAUGGAAACCGCCAUUGUGGGCAUUCAUUUUGUGGUCACAGAUCAGCACUUCGAUAAUGGCAAACUCAAAUUGCGCUGCAGUGCCCAGUUACAUGACAUCUACUGGAAAACCACCGAGAAGAUCGUCCUCGAAGCGGAUUUGUUUCCCAAACACGGAAGCGUGGCCAAUGGAAAUCACGUUAAUCCUGACGAUUUCUAUGAUCAAUAUGCCCUGCACGAAGACCAUAUGCAAAAUAAGAAGAAUAGCUAUUUGACGCAGCUACAGGACUUUCUUUUCUAUCAUUUUGUACCCUCAGGCGAAGAAGACGACGGCACCGAGGGUGGACUGGGGGACGGAGGAGCCGCCUGGCGAGGAGCCGGCUCGUCCAGCUCCAGAUCCCGCUACGCUCCGAGCCCAAGUCAAUCCCGGUGGAUGGUCGGUGGAUCGCUGAUGGCGGUGCUCAGCUGGACGCUGGCCAGGCAAUUAGUGUCGCCGUUGCAGGCGGUGAUGACAAAGGCCGGCGGUGCGGCGUGCAACGCGAGCGGAAGGUGCACAAUCCGGCGGACAAGACCCCUUGGAAUGCGGGUCAUCGUAACAAAGCAAAAGCAAAAGCAAAGGCAGAGCCAAAAGCAGCAGGAGGAGAAGUCCUGCCUGCGGGUGUCGAAAUGCAGCUGGAAAGGAUGCGGAUGCGGAUGUGGAUGCGGAUGGGGAUGCAGCAUCGGCAUCGGCAGGAGCAACAGCAGAUGCAUCAGGCAAUUAACAUGAUUCAGUUGUCACACAACUCCAGUGCCACACUUCAGGGGUAGAAAUUAAAGUGGAGUCCAGCUAUAGUCAUAGUUAGAGGAUGUGCUAUGUACGAUGUGCGAUGUGGGGAGGAGUUCAGCCCAAGGCCAAGACCCAGAAGCAACUGCAGGAUGUAUCUAAAAUAUUUACACUAACACACCAGACACUCGUUUCAGCUAGCUCAAAGUAACUUCAAAUGCAUUUAAGGAAGGAAUACGAAAACAUUGUAAGCCAGAUAAGCGAAUUACAAGCAAAAAGCUAGUUCAUCAUUAAUGCAACGAUAUCUGUUUGUUCAACUUUUCCUAAGAUGGAGCUGGUCGGGAGGCUUACACUUUGGCUGCUUUGAAAUUUUACGAUUCUAUGCCAUUUUCGAAUAUCUUUAAAUCAAUUUGAAGCCUUGUCCGCCAACUCCAAAGUUCAUUUUACAAGGCAAAUGAAAAUUGUUGUGCUAAGCUUUUAAUUUUAGGUUCUCUAUACAUUUAUAUAUCAAAGUCAAGAUUAUUUAUAAAUCGUAUAAAUGAUAUUUAUAUAUAUAUGUAUAUGUUCUAUAUAAAAACAAAAAGAUAUAUAUAUAAACAUACUACGCCUAAAUGUAUUUGCCCCCAGAGAAAAACCCCUUAAGACACAAAAUGUAAGGCAAAAGUAAGCAAUUAGAACUUAAGUCUAAAUAUUGCCUAUAUAUGUAAAAGUAUAUAUGUAUUGUACUUGUAUAUAUUAUAUAAAUGAAACGAAAACCAAAAAGAUCGAGAUAUGUAUGAUAUAAGAAUUU